GGGAUUCUAUUUCCGGUUCCUCGGGGUCCUGAUAACGCGCAUUGGAAAGACGACCGUCUAUCUGCUCAGCAAAUAUACCGCUUAUUUCAUUCAUUUUGACGUUUAUAACACGCUGUAAACAUGUCUGGCAGAGACGGAGGAAAAAAGAAGCCACUUAAGGCGCCCAAGAAACAAAACAAAGACAUGGAUGAGGAUGAAAUGGCAUUCAAGCAGAAGCAAAAGGAUGAGCAGAAGGCCCUGGAUGCGUUGAAGGCCAAGGCAUCAGGAAAAGGGCCACUAGGUGGCAGCGGCAUCAAGAAAUCAGGGAAGAAGUAACAUCUGAAGCAGAAGAUGCACAAUCCCUUCAUUUCCUGAAUGUUAAACUUUAAUUUCUUUUUGCUUUAAAUAUUAACGUGUCACACUGAAAACCUGCCGCAAUGCUAAUCUCAUUCUUUAGCGAAACUGUGUAAAAAUAAAAGUAAUUUUAAAGAGUUCAAGUACCUUUUUUCUAAUGAAAUUUAGGGAUUUCACUCUGACUUCUCCUUCAGUCAUACGUUCAAGACCCAAACCUUCAAAUUCAGUUUAAAUGUUAACAUUUUUGCAGCUUCAGAAGCCGUUGGUAUGAAAAAACUGAAUCUGAUGUUCACUGCAUCAUUUUGUGAAAUUCACCCAAGUUCUGUUUCUUUUUGUCUUGUAAAGAGGGAGAUGACAAUAAAAUGCUUUUUGUAA